AUGGCGACACGAAAUCUCGGGACGAUGUCGGACUCGGUCCUGCAAGACUACCACACCAGGCGGCAUACGAGCGGCCUGAAUACCGAGGAACUCGAGGCGCCACUCGCGCUCGUCCACAGCACGAGCCGAAUCAAUUGGCUGACUGCACGAUACGACCCCGACGACUCGCAGCGGCUGCAGCUGCUCGCCACGGGCGAGGGUGGGUUUGAAGAGCUACUGGGCAGCCUCGACGACAACCUCGUCAUUUACGGCUGCUUCAUGUUUGCGGCGGCCAAUCAGGUCAAGUGCGCAUUUGUGAGCUGGGUUGGCGAGGGUGUGAGCGGUCUCGAGCGCGCACGCGUGAGCAUGCACCGAAGCGACAUGCAGGCCUUCGUGCAGCCUGUGGCGUCCUUCGACAUCCAGGAGCGCGAGGUGCCAGCUGCUCUCUCGGCCGCUGUCAAGGCGUCGAUCGCGACUCAGGUGGGCGCGUCUCUCCUCUCCUACGAUGGCCUCGCGCACAUCUCGCUGGACACCAACAACAUCGAGGCGGAGGGGGAGGAGUCCGCCGAGGAGGUGCAUGGACGGUCCGAGCUCGAGCCGCUGCCGUCGGCGCCUCCAACGACCGACGCCGACACGGGUUUGCUCGAGGCGCUCUGGGCCGGCGAGGGACUUCCCGCGGCACGCGCGGCGGCGCUGGCGAAGGAGGUUCCGCAAUCUCUGCUGGGUGAGGUGCUGUGGGUGUGGGGCGGGCACGAGCAGCUGACGCCGGAGGCGGCCGCCGGACUGCUCUCUGCUGCGUCAGAGGAGGCGGCGGAGGCGGCGGAGGCGGCGCCACACCCGGGCGAGGCUCUUCGGGGAGAAGGGCUGCGGCUGUCGCUGUGCUUGCUGCUCCGCGUUCAGAUGCUGCGCGAGGGCGACUGCCAUCCGCGAGGCGCCACGGAGUGGGGCGUCGAGUUUGCGCGCAAGCGUGGCGGGCUGGGGCUGCUCAGCCUCGCAGCGCAGCAGCUGGUGUCGCGUCAUCCGCAGUGGAUGCUGACGCGACACCAGGCGCUCUCGUGCCUCGAGGCAGCCUCCUGUGCCCUCCUUGGCCUCUCCGCCGAAGCGCCACCGCCGCCCAAGCCGGUGCCCGAUCGGUUGGUUGGUCCGACUGUGUUUGGCGAGAUCUCCCCGGCGCUCGACCGGCUGCGCGAGAGCGUCGGGCCGGAGGUGCAGGCGCUGGUGCGGGACCAUUUCGUGCGAGAGCGCGCGGCCAAGCAGCUGAGCGAGGCGGAGAGGGUCGGGCAGGAGGUCGGCGCCAUUGGUGGCGUGCUGAAGAAGGGCUCGCUCACUUUCCUCGACCAGCGGCGGUGGAACAACAUCGCGAUCGGCCUCUCGAAGCUCGGCCUCGACAACGCAACCAUCCGCACGGCGGUGGUUGCGGCCGACGAGUCUGUGCUCACCCCGAGCGCGGUCGAGCUGCUGCUGCCCUGCCUUCCGACCGCCGACGACAUCGAGGCGAUCGCCCCGUACGACGGCGACCCGGAGCUGCUCGCGACGGUGGAGCGCUUCUUCUGGGAGGUUGCGCUCGCGCAGCAGAUGCUCGAGAGCCUCGGCCGCGCCUGCAGCCAGGUCCUUCUCGCGUCCGGAUUUGAGGAGCUGCUCGGCCUGCUCGUCCUCGUCGGCAACGAGAUGAACCAAGGCACGUCGCGCGGCAGCGCCGCCGGCUGCCACUUGACCAUCCUGAGCCGGCUCGACGACGUCCGCUCGAUGGGCGCCAAGCAGCGCACGAGUUUGCUGCAGCUGCUCGUGGCCCUCGCCGAGGACCGGCUCCCUUUGUCGGCGGGCCGCGCCGGGCGCUGGCCGGAUGAGCUCGAGGGGGCGGCCGAGGCGAGCGGCGUGUCGUGGAAGCGCAUCACCGCCGAGCUUCGCGAGCUGGAGCGCGGCGCCGCACUCGUGGAGCGCGUGUGCAGGGGCGUCGCGGCAAAGGCGCGGGGCGGCGAGCCGGACCCCUUCUCCGUCGCGAUGGGCGCUUGGCUCGGCGACGCCGUCGCACAGCAGGAGGCGCUGCAGGCGCUGCUCUCCCAGACGCGCCGCCUGUACGUCGCGAGCGCGGCGCGGCUCGGGAUCGAAGCGGGCAAAGACGGAGACGACCACGGGCCAGAGAAGCUCUUUGAGUUGCUCGCCACUUUCCGGACGCAGCGCGCGAAGCUGCCCUUCAACACGAAGGCGAGCAGGCCCAAGGCUACUGUCGCCGGCGCGGGCGGCAGCGGCAAGGAGUGCCGCACGUGCGGACGCGACGCUUGCUUCGUCUGCAGCCGAAAGGUGUAUGACGCGGAGCGGCUCGUCGCCGCCGGCCGCCUCUUCCACCGCAAGUCGCCUGGCCACCCGGGCUGCUUUCGCUGCGCGCACUGCGACGUCACCCUCUCUGCGACCAGCUUCUCGCACUAUGUCUACGGCGAGCUGCGCAUCCCCUUCGAAGCGGAGGACGGGUGGAUGCGCGUUCGUGAGACGUCGCUGCCGCAAAAUUGGCUGCUGCUGAGCUACUCGCGGGCCGACCCCGACUUGGUCGAGAUUGUCGGCGAGGGAGACGACGGCCUCGCCGCGCUGCGCGCCGCUGCUUGCGACUCCGGCCGCGUCUACUGGGCCUUCUUCCUGGUCGUGGGCGUCGACACCCGCCGCGGCGUCGUCUCGCGCCGGCCAAAGUACGUAUUUGCGACGGUGGGCGGGGCGGAGGUGGACGUGCGCACGCGGACGCGGGCGCUGCUGCACACGGGUGCGGUCGGCGCGGUGCUGCAGGAGGCACACCUCCACUGCGAGGUGGAGUCGGCGGAGGAGCUCAGUGACGCAGCCGUGGCGGCCCGGCUGGCGCAGAUAGGGGGCGCGCACCGGCCAAACGGCUACGACUUCGGCGACGGCGGCGGGGCGGUUCGGGUGGAGGAGGAGUGA